GAACUCGAAGCUAAAAUGGCCAACGUUUGUGAACCAUUAACGCUUGCCAAAGAUGUAAAACGUUCGAUCGAACUGCUGGAGAAUUUACAAAGAAGUGGAGAAGUGCCAGCUACAAAACUGGCGGCUUUGCAAAAAGUACUUCAGAGUGAUUUUUUGAAUGCUGUUCGUGAAGUAUAUGAACAUGUUUAUGAAACUGUUGACGUUCAGGGUUCGCUGGACGUUCGAGCGUCUGCUACUGCUAAAGCAACCAUAGCUGCAUUUGCGGCUAGCGAAGGUCAUGCUCAUCCACGAGUAGUUGAACUGCCAAAGACUGACGAAGGUCUAGGUUUCAACGUCAUGGGCGGAAAAGAACAAAACUCGCCUAUUUACAUCUCUCGAAUUAUCCCUGGGGGUGUUGCCGAUCGCCAUGGUGGAUUAAAGCGAGGUGACCAGUUACUAUCCGUAAAUGGAGUCUCAGUCGAAGGUGAAAAUCACGAAAAAGCUGUCGAACUACUGAAGCAAGCUGUUGGAUCGGUCAAAUUGGUAGUCCGAUAUACACCAAAGGUCUUAGAAGAGAUGGAACUUCGUUUCGAUAAGCAGCGUGCUGCUAGAAGGCGCCAGCAAUACUAAUAAUCAAUACAGCAGUAGUGCUGUCUAUAAUUCAAUAUUAACUCUUCAAAAGUGUUAGCAAACUUUGGUUACUCUUAUUAGACAAUCCAGGAGACGUUUGUUUGAUAACCGGGACUAGAAAAACCUGUCCAAUGAACAUUUUUCGUUAGUCCGAUUCGUUUGAUGUUGGAUCGAAUCAUUAUUGUUGGACAUCGCGUUCACCAGAGUAGUUAGAAGAAAAAAAGAACAAAUAAUCAGCACAGCAAAAACGUCGCAUGGAUUGCCUAGUUUGGUUUGUUCCACUUAAUCCACAGUAAUUUUAGUGAAACAGUUUGUGCGAUUGAAGAUGGGGGAUAAUUGGUCGGGGUUAAGUCAGACCGGACUAAGUCGCAAAACUUCAAAAAAUGAGAUAUUGAUAGCAUAGGAUACAGAAUUUCUUCAGCUACAUUCGACUUUUGCCAUAUUUGAAAUAUGUAACAAUAAGCAAGAAUUAUGGCUAAAAGUAAUUUCCAAUUAUCAUGUAAAAGGAUGCUGCGAUUCAAACUUUAAACUCGUUUUUACAUUCGAAAUAUUUAGUCCGGUCUGACUUAAAACCGACCAAUUCAAGCACUUCAAGGACCCUCAAUGUUUACAAAUCUAACCUUAUUGAAGAGACAAUAUUGAAUUUAGCAAAACUCGUUAAGCUGUACGCACACGUGACGAACAGGACAGGGAUAAAAAAUCAAAUAUUCAGCCCUAUUCUGCAUUAUACGACGGAUUACAUUUUCGAAUUAACGUGGUUCGGUCGAAGCAGGCUCCCGUUGGAUUUUGCUGUCGUUAUUAAAAAUGCAAGUCACAUUCGUUCAAAAGAGCGAUCCGUCGUAACGCAAAACAAAAAGGCUCGAUUUGUUCUAGCUAUUUCAACGCGUCAACAGCAACAGUUCUACCAGCGAUGGGCUAGGUAGAACAAAAUCCAUAGCUUUUUUGCGUGUAUCCUAUCGCCUCGUGUGCGACCAGCUUUAAAAAGAACGAAUCCACAACCCGCGUUAUCGUUAAUGAAUUGCCUACAAAGGAAGCUCUCAUACCUUUGUCCUUAUUUUCUAACAAAUUGUGUGAUUUU